AUGUGCCGAAAGAAGGGAUCCACUUUGAAGGCUAGCAAGCAGAAUCCAUUCGAGGUGGAGAUGACGUUGAAGGUUGUCAAGUACCUGGGGCAGCAAGGGUACGGCACGGAGGACAUCGUAAUUAUGACACCGUACUUGGGCCAGCUAUCUUUGCUGCGGACGGAGCUGAGUAAAACAAAUGACCCGGUGCUGAACGACCUGGAUGCGAACGACCUCAUACAGGCCGGUCUUCAGUUGCCGGGGAGUACGAAGGUGACUAGAGAUCCGAUUCGCAUAUCAACCAUAGAUAAUUACCAGGGCGAAGAGAGGAACAUCGUCAUUGCGAGCCUGACGCGUAGCAAUGAGGUCGGGGAUAUUGGUUUCAUGGCUGCUCCGGAGCGUGUCAAUGUUCUACUCUCCCGAGCAAGAAAUGCCCUGGUGAUGAUUGGGAACGCGAGUACAUUCCUAGCAAGCCGGAAAGGACAGUCCACGUGGAAGCCUCUGCUCGAGAUGCUUCAGGCCAAUGGUCAGGUAUAUGAUGGUGUUCCCCUCAAAUGUGAAACCCAUCCGGAUCGCAUGAUCGUCGUCCAGUCUCCAGAAACGUUUGAGGAGGAAUGUCCUGAUGGAGGAUGUUCGGAUCCUUGCUCAACCUUACUCCCAUGUGGUCUUCACUCAUGUAUUCGACGGUGCCACCGCGCUCUGGAUCACAAGAGAAUGAAAUGCACAAUGACUAUGCAUAAAGCCUGCCCUAAAAACCACAAUUACUACUGGGAAUGCUCCCAAGGAGAGCCCAGGAUCUGCCCUACCUGUCACGGGGAGGCGAUUGAGGCAGAGCGAAGAAGGAAUGAAGAUGCCAAGCUGGAGGAGAAGCGACGUAAGAUCCAGCUUGAACAUGCAAAGCAGCUUGCGGGGAUUCAGUACAAAAUCGAAAUGCAGCGGGAACGCCUGACCAAUGAGCAGAAGGUCCGAGAUCAUCAAGAGACUCUUGCUCAAAAGCAAAAGGAACUUGAGAGCCUGACUGCUGCCGCAAGUCGCCUCACUGCCUCCCGGUCAGGUGCGACUAAGGAAUCAGCUGAUAGCACUGGUAACGAUAACAGUGAGCCCAAAACGGUUACUCUCAAGUCGGCUACACGAGAUGAGUGGAAUAGGCAGAAGACAGAAGAAGGCCAGUCAAACGCAGCUUUGGACACACUGAUGAACAUGAUUGGACUCGAAAAUGUCAAGGAUAGCUUUCUUACCAUCAAGGCCAAGGUGGAUGUGGUCGUUCGGCAGGGGGCAAGUCUGUCUGACGAGCGGUUUGGGGCAGCUCUCCUUGGAAACCCAGGAACAGGUAAAACCACCGUGGCGCGUCUGUAUGCCCAAUUCCUUGGGUCUGUUGGGGUCAUCCCGGGAAGCUUCUUCAUUGAGACAUCGGGUUCGAAACUCGCGAACGCCGGCAUUGCCGGGUGCCAAAAACAUCUCAAUGAAAUAAAGUCGAACGGUGGAGGAGCUUUGUUUAUAGACGAGGCUUAUCAGUUAACCUCCGGCAACAAUGCAGGGGGUAGCUCGGUUCUUGAUUUCCUGUUGGCAGAAGUGGAGAAUUUGACAGGCAAGGUCAUAUUCAUCUUUGCUGGAUACAAUAAGAAUAUGGAGAGCUUCUUUUCCCAUAAUCCCGGUAUUCCCAGCAGGUUCCCUAUUGAACUGCAGUUCCAGGACUACUCGGAUGAGGAACUGCGUACAAUACUCCAUCAUCACAUGAACAAGAAAUAUAAGGGACGAAUGAGGGUGGAGGAUGGGCCGGAUGGACUGUACAUGCGCAUUGUCGCACGGCGUGUCGGUCGCGGCCGCGGUCGUGAGGGGGUUGGGAACGCUCGUAGCGUGCACAAUGCCUUCGCGCGUAUCACAGAGCGUCAGGCCAAACGGCUACAACGAGAACGGAGAUUGAAAAAGCCCACCGAUGAUCUGCUUCUGACAAAGGAGGACCUUCUCGGUCCGGAUCCGCGCACAGUGCUUAAGAAGAACGCCACUUGGGACAAGCUGCAAGCAUUAACAGGUCUCCGCCAGGUGAAGCAAUCGGUCCAAGCCUUAUUCGACACGGUUUCCUUCAACUACCAAUGCGAGCUGGAGGAAAAGCCCAUGGUGGAGUUCUCGCUCAAUAAGGUCUUCGUUGGGAAUCCAGGCACCGGCAAGACUACAGUCGCAAAACUGUACGGGAAGCUCCUAGCUGAGAUGGGAUAUCUUUCAAACGGAGAAGUCGUCGUCAAAAACCCAUCUGACUUCAUUGGCAAUGUCAUUGGGGGCUCGGAGGCCGCUACGAAGGGCAUCUUGGCCUCCACCCUUGGUAAGGUUCUAGUCAUCGACGAAGCGUACAUGCUAGGGGGCACGUCCUCAUCUUCAGAUGGGGGUACUAAUCCGGAUAUAUUCAAGACGGCGGUCAUCGACACCUUGGUUGCAGAAGUACAAAGCGUCCCCGGUGACGAUCGCUGUGUCCUGCUUCUGGGAUACAGGGAUGCGAUGGAAAGGAUGUUCCAGACAGUCAAUGAAGGCCUCUCGCGACGUUUCCCUAUGAGCGCCGCAUUUGACUUCGAGGAUUUCACCGACGAUGAUCUCCAAGACAUACUGAAUCUCAAGCUUAAGGGACUUCAUUUUAGCGCGACUGCAGAGGCAAAAUCAGUCGUUCGCCAAUGUCUUAGUCGUUCCCGAAACAGACCGAAUUUUGGCAAUGCUGGCGAGGUGGAUAUCCUUCUUGACAAGGCUAAACUACGCCACCAGCAGCGACUGUCCGCGCGAAAGACUAGGAAUAUUGACAUUCUAGAGCCACUGGACUUCGAUCCUGAUUUUGACCGAGAACAGAAUGCGGUCGCUAACUGUCAGAAGCUGUUUCACGGCGUAGUGGGUUGUGAGCAGCUUGUUGCGCAGCUGGAGGGCUACCAGAAUGUGGCUAGGAACAUGAAAAGACUCGGAUUGGAUUCUCGGGAAAAGAUUCCUUUCAACUUCCUCUUUCGCGGGCCCCCAGGUAUGCACAUAUUCGACCAUCUUCUGGCAGAGGUCUGCUUUGACUGA